ACGUUCAUGCGAAGUAAAUUAUAAAUUUGAAAGGAAUUAUGUAUGUCAAAAUGUAAAUUUUGUUUGACUUGAACCUAUCCUUGAUAAAAUUUAUUGAAAUCGUCCGGUCAUGCUAGGUCUUUUCCGCAGAAAUGGUGCCUUUCCGGUGUCUAGUCAAUUUCGUCCAUAAUCUGGUUCCCCCCUGUAUUAAAGGCAGGCGACAAGUCGAGAAGUUUCGAGAAGCACAUGAUUUCAGAAUCAGCAAAUGCCCUAAGGCUAAUAUAAUAAGUGAAUAUGAUGAUAUUUACUGGUAUAUUGCUUUGCAUAUUUCUUCCUGUGUUGAAUGCAAUAGACACAGAAGUAUAUGUACAGGAACUCAAUUCCCAAAACUUUGCUGUUUGUCAUAAUAAGAGGAAGUUUUCUUGUCCUGACUCGAACAGUUCUCUGAAGUUAAGGAUAAAGUCUUGCGGUUUCAAAUGUGAACCAGGUACCACCUAUGUAUGCAAAAAUGAUAAAGGUGGCAGAGGUGUUUUAGAGUUCUGUUUCGAGCCUCAAAUUUGUGAAAAAGGACAAAUGAACAAGGUGUUCUUUGAUGACGAGCACCAGCAAAUUGUGAUACAGAAAAGUGUUUGCCCAGAUGGAUUUUUCCAGCCAGUCCGUGAUGACUGCUUCAAAGCGUGCACUGAUUUUAAACAUGAAGAUCCAGGCUUGAUUUCAUAUUGGGGUAUUAAAGUGUUAUAUUCAGGAAAUAAUACCCAUCCGGGUCGUGGAUACUGUGAUGUUGAUAAUGGAUUUGUAAGCUCGGACACCUCAAAGAUGUACACAAGUUUAGCUCAUAAUGAAGUUUCUGUCUGUGAAAAAUUGGAUACAUUUAAGAGUAUAUGUGGACCAGGAAAGCGACUUUUACCAAACAGACAAUGCGGUAAUAUAUGUAGGAAAGGAUAUGUAGUGGAUAGAUGGAACUAUUUUAAAUGCUCAAUGGGAUCUCAUAAUCGCAGUACUGUGAUAAAAGAAACCACUGCUCAUCCAGACCAAAAUGUAACUCC